UAUUCAUCCGCGCACACACAUAGCGAUCGACAUCGCGCAGUUUAUCUGCCUCACCAGCUCUGGUUUCCCCACGUUCAGCCUUACCCCCGUCAAUUGCCGCCAUGUUUUUUUGAGGCAGGAUGACAGCAGAGCGAGCGCAGACGAAGACGGAUAUAAGACUGAAAAAAUCCGUCGAAUUACAGCAUUUUUUCUAACAGGCGACGGUCUAUUUUUUAUUGCGGACUCGCGAGGAACUCAUUUCUCGGUAUUUUUGCAAAUACCAAUGGCUGAAUUUUUAUGCCAUGAAAAAGCAAGAAGUCUGAAGCCUGACUGAGGAAGAACAACAUAUAAUUCCUGCCUGCGCUUAACUACCUCUCUCUACCAGCGAACCUACAGGAAUAACCAGACGAGUGAUCUCUGCAUGAGCAGCUGCUUUAACACAAGCCACCUGCUGUUACUUAAGCAAGUUGAAAGAAGGAAAACAACUUUUAAUCAAAAGUGAGGAUACGACAGAGCGUUUAAAGAUGACGGGAAACAUCCCAGUUGACAUGAUCAACUUGAGACUCAUCUUGGUGAGUGGAAAGACAAAAGAGUUCCUGUUCUCACCAAACGACUCCGCGGCCGACAUCGCCAAGCAUGUGUAUGACAACUGGCCAAUGGACUGGGAAGAAGAGCAAGUGAGCAGUCCUAACAUCCUGCGCCUCAUCUACCAGGGCCGAUUCCUACAUGGAAAUGUGACGCUAGGAGCUUUAAAACUGCCUUUCGGAAAAACCACAGUGAUGCAUUUAGUUGCCAGAGAGACGCUGCCUGAGCCAAAUUCCCAAGGUCAGAGGAACCGGGAAAAGACUGGAGAGAGCAACUGUUGUGUGAUCCUGUAAAUACAUCCCUUCAUCCCUCUGAACGAGUGUGUCCUGUCACCCUUCGCCCAUGCUGCUUAAAUACAUCUAAUCACACCAGACAUCCACGAGCAAGAGAUUCACUUCACCUGGAAAGGAAAGAAUCACCUGAUAGAGAGGGCGAGACACGGAUCAGAGAACAUUUUGGCUUUGCAUAGACUAUAUUUGAGGCAAAAUAAAAUACAUCACACACACACACACACACACACACACAUUUCCACCUUUUCUAACACCUUCACACACAUCCAUCAACUCAGCAGACCUGUAACUCAUUCUCACACACACACACACACACACACACACACACACACACGUUUGUUUUUGUGAAAAGUGGGUUCAUCCCAUAGGCGUAAUGUUUUUUUUACUGCACAAACUGUAUAUUCUAUAGCCCUUCACCAGCCCUAACCCUAACCCUCAAAGGAAACUUUGUGCAUUUUUACUUUCUCAGAAAAACUGUAUGAUUCUGUAUGAUUUAUAAGUGUUUUGAGAAAUGGGGACAUGGGUUAUGUCCUCAUAAGUCACCAUCUCCUUGUAAUACCCGUUUCAUACCCAUGUCAUUUUACAAAGUUAUGUCCUGAUAUGUCACAAAAACGAGCACACACACACACAUACCCUUCUACCAGUUUGCACACAGAGGAGGCCCUCGUUUCCCUGUUUUUUUUAUUGCACAUAGUAACAUGAAUGAUUCAGAGAGGAAAUAAAGACUUGUUCGCCUCAGCCGAGGCGCUUGAUUAUCCCUCUCAGGAGGGAGAUGUGUGAGGGAGGAAAUUAGUUUACAUAGGGUCUGACAAACUUCUCACAUUUAUGGACUCACCACGCACUCACCUGGCUUGGAUCGAAUCUGGUGUGGAGGUGAAAAGGCAUGCCAUUCCCUGAUGGAUUAACCUCCGCUACAGUCGCACUCCUGGACUGUUUUCAUUAAAUGCUAAUUGCCACACAUAAUCUGUUGAUUUCAGUGCAGGACAACAAGUAUUGAUGUGCCUGAUUAAUGUUUAUUAUAUAUUUCCGUGCAUUUUAAAUGCCCCAAAAUGGUCUUGGAGAUCUAGUGACCUACUUUAACAAGUUCCUGUACCCCAGAAAUGCUCAAUUUUAGCCUGUUCAGUGGUGUUUGAGCACAGUCGGGACUUUGCAGGUAGAUCUCAAUAGUUGGUUUGAUUCACUCGUGGAAAGUCUAUAAUUUGCGUAAUGAGUAACGGUAACACUUGUGACUGUGUUUUGACAGUCAAUCAGUGUUGCUUCUGCCCUCUUUAGAUCGAUCUAAGCUGUUCUCUUUCAGGAAGGGUAAUGAGAUUUAUCCCUUUAUUUUCUUUGUAGUGGUGUAAAUUAAUGCUUGCUUUUGGAACCAGAAGAUAACUAUGAAAUGAAGUUUGGCUCGGUUUCUAUUUCCCCUUCCUUAUUAGAUUUAAAAUUUGUUUGCACAACACAGAAACAUGAGCUGUUUCAUUUCUAAAUCUGUGUAAUAUUUCUUUCCCCUCCUCCCUUUUAAUAUUUUUCCAAAUGGGAAUUGUAUUCAAAGGUUACUUAUGUGUAGAGUAUAUUUAAUAUGAAUCUUAUAGAGAACAUAACUAUAGAUUGUUGAUAUAUAUAUUGGUGUUUAGUGUAUGAUAGUCUCAAAACAGUUAGGACAUUAGCAUUUGGAGCAGUGAGGCGCUGACAGUUUAAUAUACUUUAACAGCAGCAAAUCCAUCUCUAAUGGCUGAAGAAAUUACUGUUCUUUUUUUUUUUUUUUUUUUUUUUUUAAAUGUUCAUAAUUUUUUUUCUUCCUUUUUCUUUUCAUGUGGUCUUUGCUUUUUGCUUUUUGACACCGCACUAGGUCUGAAAAAUAUUGGUCCUUAUCAGGGUUCAAAUAAAUACUGUACAGAGCUGAAGUUUUUAAAAAGAUAAUUGUAAAUAAACUAAUGCUUCGCAUUCUCUAAACUACAAGUGGAAAUACAUCUACAAACUCAAUAAAGAAUCCAGAAUAUUGAAGUGAAA